UAUCAGCGGGGCAGAGCUGUGUAAAGGAGAACAUCAACCACCUUCCCGUUAUUGGUACGAUGCCUGACAACCGGUAACCCGCCCUAAACCAGACUAAAUCACUGGCGACGCAAUGGAGGUGGCGGGCCCCUGGAAAGAGGCGUUUGAGGGCUCGGAGAGGACCGAUGGAGAGGAGACGCUUCUAGGGAGCUCCGCUCAAACCCUGGCCCCACUGGUAGCUGAACCUCCCUCCGUAAGGCGCUCCCAGCCAAUCCUGAUCUCUGCUGACAGGUUGAAAAGGAGGGAAUCUUUAUCUUCUUCUGUCCCAUCCAUACCAAAUCCCUUUCCGGAGCUGUGCAGCCCGUCCCAGUCACCAGUGCUCAUCAGUUCACUCCCACCCCCGUCGAGUGACAAACGUUUGAUAAAAGUGUACGGAGAGGACAGCCACAGCAGGUCCAUGUGGGUCUCUCCAGGAGCCACGGCCAGGGAGGUGUGCCACAUGUUGGUCCAGACAGCCCACUGUAGUGACCAGGAGAACUGGGCCCUCAUUGAACUCCAUUCCGUCCUGGGCCUGGAGAGAUGUCUGGAGGACCACGAGGUCGUACUGGAGGUUCAGGCCACCUGGUCCAUCAAGGGAGACACCAAGCUCCUGUUUCGCAAAAACUAUGCCAAAUACGAGUUCUUCAGAAAACCCAUGCUCUUCUUCCCAGAGCACAUGAUCUCUGAUAGCGCCGAUGUCACCAAGGGUUUGACAUCGUCGGAGCUCAUUCAGAACCUGCUGCGGUCUGGGACAUGUACAGAAAUCCAGGGCUUCCUACAUGUGAAGGAGCCCAGCCGCAAAGCCUGGAAGAGGGUUUACUUCUUCCUCCGACGGUCCGGCCUUUACUGCUCCACCAAGGGCUCCUCCAAGGAGCCUCGCCACUUGCAGUAUGUAGCUGAUUUGGACAACCUUAACGUGUACACGGUGGCCAACAGCCGUAAGCUCUACGGCGCCCCCGCUGACUUCACUUUCUGUGUUAAGUCCAGCGAACAUAUCCGUGCUCAGGACCUGAAGCUCCUGUGUGCUGAGAGCGAACAGACACGCACGUGUUGGACGUCCGCAUUCAGACUGUUCAAGUAUGGGAAGCAGCUCCAGUAUAACUACCAGUUAUCCAAGUCAGUCCCUCAAUGUCUGAAAGGGGCCAAUCACACAGAUACCAAAUCGGAGGCCAGCCUGGUGGCCAUGGACUUCUCUGGGAAGGCUGGAGGUCGGGUCAUCCAGAACCCCAGCGAGGCCCAGAGAGCUGAGAGGGAGGAGGGACAAGCCUGGAGGAGGAGAGAAGCACUGAGGUGCAGCCUGCCAAGCCUGAACUCUGCAGCACGGCCCUCCUCCAUCCACAGGACCCAGCCAUGGUUUCACGGCGGUGUGUCCAGAAGGGAAGCUCAGAGACUGAUAGAGGAACAGGGGCUGGUAGACGGGAUGUUCCUCAUUCGUGAGAGCCAGCAGCAUGCUCAGUGCUUUGUGCUGUCGCUGUGUUACAAGCUGAAGACCAAACAUUACCUUGUCAUCCCUUGCGAGGAAGGAGGUAGGAAGUACUAUACCAUGGAUGACGGCUUGACUCUCUUCAUAGACUUGCUGCAGCUGGUGGAGUUUCACCAAAUCAACAAGGGCAUCCUGCCUGUCUGCCUCAAACACCCCUGCAUCUGUGUAGCACUCUAG